CUUCUCUGGACUCAUCAAAUGGGAACUCAAGCACCGAGCGUCGACCCUUAUGCCGCCACUACCACCGACACUUUUGAUGAAAGAUUAGCGAGUCAGAAGGAAAUUGAUGAUUGGCUUCCAGUUACUUCUUCAAGGAAUGCAAAAUGGUAUUACUCAGCUUUCCACAACGUUACGGCCAUGGUUGGAGCUGGUGUACUCAGUUUCCCUUAUGACAUGGCCGCACUGGGAUGGGGUCCUGGUAUGACUGUACUAACCCUUUCGUGGAUCAUUACACUGUAUACUCUUUGGCAAAUGGUGGAGAUGCAUGAAAUGGUUCAAGGAAGGCGUUUUGACAGAUACCAUGAACUAGGUCAAUAUGCUUUUGGUGAAAAGCUGGGCCUCUACAUUGUGGUGCCUCAGCAACUCCUUGUUGAAGUUGGUGUGAACAUUGUCUACAUGGUCACUGGAGGACAGUCGUUGCAGAAGUUCCACGAAAUCGUCUGUGGUCAUGACUGUGAUAAGAUGAACAAAUUAUCCUAUUUCAUUAUGAUCUUUGCCUCUGCUCAAUUUGUACUAUCGCAUCUCCCAAACUUCAACGCUAUUUCUGGUGUGUCUUUGGCAGCCGCAGUCAUGUCCUUCAGUUAUACUACAAUGGCCUGGGUAGCAUGUUUAGAUAAGGGUAUUGUAGACAACGUAGAUUAUACGUACAGGUCAGAUCAUAGCACUGCAGGGAAUGUGUUAAGCUUCUUUAAUGCCCUUGGCAAUGUGGCCUUUGCCUAUGCUGGACACAACGUGGUGCUGGAAAUCCAAGCAACAAUCCCAUCUACACCCGAGAAACCAUCCAAGGGUCCUAUGUGGAGAGGAGUUGUUGUCGCCUAUAUAAUCGUGGCUGUGUGCUACUUUCCAGUCGCUAUCUUUGGUUAUUUGGUUUUUGGAAAUCAGUAUGUCGGUGAGAAUAUUCUCAUCACAUUAAAUAAACCAGCAUGGCUUAUUGCUACGGCUAAUUUGUUUGUCGCCCUCCAUUUAUGUGGAAGCUAUCAGAUUUAUGCAAUGGCAGUGUUUGACAUGAUUGAAACCGUGUUAGUGAGGAAACUGAAAUUCAGACCUACCAAGUUUCUUCGUUUUGUCGUGCGCAAUGUAUAUGUGGCGUGCACAAUGUUUGUUGCUAUCACCUUCCCAUUUUUCAAUGGUCUCCUGGGAUUUUUCGGAGGGUUUGCUUUUGCCCCAACAACAUACUUUCUGCCUUGCAUCAUAUGGCUCACAAUCCGCAAACCAAGGAGAUUUAGCUCGUCUUGGUGGACUAACUGGACUUGCAUUUUGCUUGGAGUGAGCUUAAUGAUCGUAGCACCUAUUGGAGGAUUGAGGGCAAUCAUAAUUAAAGCCAAGGACUACCACUUUUACUCUUGAGUUAACAUUCCAUUUUCUGAUGAAAGAGUGAUGUGCGGCAUAUGCAAAUAAAUAGAAACGAAUGAAGCUGAUGGUCCUGAAGUGAAGCCAGGGAUUUGUUUGUUAAGUUUCACUAGCAAAGCUCCACGAGACACACACCCACACACACACAUUAUAUUUGUAGCUUUCUAUUAUUAUGAGAUCAUGUUGCCUGUGUUUCUUCUGGGAAAACUAUAAUUUUUAUUCCUUUAAUUUGUCAGUCCAACCACAAUUAGCGCAAUGUCCAAUAUUUGUCAAUUUUAUUGAUCUUUAUAAUAUUCCAUUAUUCAGUUAUCUUUUC